AUGUGUGCUCAAUAAAUAGACUUGAUGUACAUCUGUUUUUUAUUUUAAUGAAACGAAGCAUUUAAAAUAGACAUGCAUUUCUUAUAGCAUUAAUAUACUUUUUAGAUUUUAUUCCUGGGAAGUUAUUUUGUGUUGUCUUCUAUGAUGUCUGAAAGCUCUUGUGUAAACUCUGGGGUCCCUCAGUGCCUGAUGCAUCUGGCCCUCAGUGGAGAAUGGGAGGCAUUAGAGCAGAAACUCGAGACUUUGGAAAAGGGAGACCCGGAGAUCUUCCAAAUUGAUGAGGAGUCGGGCUUGAGUCUGCUGAUGGUUGCUGUGCGAGAGAGCUGUUUGUCUAUCGUUGACAGAUUGCUGGAACUGGGGGUCAGUCCAAGUGACAGAACAAGGGAUGGCAGAUCAGCUUUGCAUAUUGCUGCAGCUCACUCCAAAGACGAGAUCGUCAAACUUCUGGCAAGAAAGAGUGAUCCCAAUUUACCAGGAGGGCCCAAUGAUCAGUUGCCCCUGCACUACGCAGCAUCUCGACCCACCGGUGGACUCCCCGUCAUGCAAACCUUACUCAAGUUCAGCAGCAAAGACGCUCGACUCACUCCUGACAAGGAUGGCUGCCUGCCACUGCUGCUAGCUGUAGAAGCCGGGAAUAUUGCAAUAGUCCGAGAACUCCUCACCGAUCAAUCGGAACCGCAGCUCCAAGCUGUGAAAAUAGGCAACGGCGACACGGCACUUCACAUCUGCUGUAGACGGAAAGAUGUUGAGAUGGCCAAAGUCCUGGUGGAGUUUGGGGCGAAUCCAGACUCUCAGAAUAAUGACUGGCAGACUUCUCUUCACAUCACAGCUUUAACAGGAGAUGAGAACAUGCUGACGUUCUUAUACCACUGUAAAGCCAAUCCCAACAUUUUAGACAAGAUGGACAGAUCUCCUCUGCACAUCGCAGCUGAGCAGAACCACACCAGUGUGGUCGAGAUUCUCACUGAGAAGUUCAAAUCAUGUGUGUUAGCAAGGACCAAGGAUGGAAACACACUCUUGCAUAUCGCGUCCCAGUGCGGUCACCCUGGAACGGCCCUCACGUUCCUGAGGAAAGGUGUUCCACUGCACAUGCCAAACAAGUCAGGUGCAGUGUGUUUGCAUUUGGCAGCUAAGAGAGGCCACACGACUGUAGUGAAAGCUCUGCUCCAGAGGGGUGCGCAUGUGGACUCCACCACUAAAGACGGCCAGAUGGCUCUGCACAUUGCAGUGGAGAACUGCAAACCGCAGGUGGUACAGAUGUUACUGGGAUUCGGGGCACAUGUGCAGCUCAGAGGAGGAAAGGCACAGGAAACCCCUCUGCACAUUGCAGCACGUGUGAAGGAAGGUGAACAGGUGGCUCAGAUACUUCUGAAGAGCGGAGCAGAAGUGAAUGCACAGCAGGAGAAUGGGGAAACCGCUAUGCAUGUGGCCGCCCGUCACGGCAAUCUGCAGAUGAUACGAGCUCUGAUCCAGGAGGGAGGAGAUGUCACCUGGACAUCUAAGGUUGGAGAAAAUCCUCUUCAAGUUGCCGUGCGUCACUGUCACGCCCAUGUGGUGGAAGAGAUUUUAAACUAUCUGACCAAUGAGAGAAGCCGCCAGGAGGCAGAGCUUUGUGUCUAUCACAGGAACAAGAACGGCGAGACACCGCUGCAUCUGGCUGCUGCGCUCAGGAGAGACGCAGCGCAUCAGACGGAUGAGGACAUCCACAUCAUCAAGAUACUGAUGGUGUAUCAUGCUGACAUCACAGCGGUCAUGAGACAGAGUGGAGAGACACCUCUACAUUACAGUGCCAGGGUGGGAAACACCGCAGUACUUCAGGAGAUGCUCAGCAAUGUCCCUACCAGCCAGCUCCAGACAGCCAUUAACAAACAUGCCAAGAACGGCUGGUCUCCGUUGCUGUUGGCAGCAGAACAGGGUCACACAGAGGUUGUCAGGAUCCUGCUGCAGAAUAAUGCCAGAGUGGACGUGUUCGAUGAGGAAGGGAAGGCCGCCAUCCAUCUGGCUGCAGAACAAGGUCAUCAAGACAUCGUAGAUAUCCUUCUGUCUCACAAGGCCUUUGUGAACGCUAAGACCAAACUUGGUCUGACACCACUGCACCUGAGCGUUCAGAGUGGGACAGCCCGACUCAUUAGACUGCUGGUGGAGACCCAUCAGGCCAGUAUUGAUGCUCUCUCUCUGAGAAAACAGACCCCUCUGCACUUAGCGGCCAUCAGUGGACAGCUCGACAUUUGCUGCAGCCUGUUAAACUUGAACGCUGACCUCACUGCCACAGAUAUCCACGGUCAGACCCCUCUUCAUCUGGCAGCUGAGAACGAUCACUCUAAGGUGGUGAAGCUGUUUCUGAGGCACAGACCAGAGUUAGCCACACUAGCUAACGUGGAGGGCGUGACUUGCACACACAUCGCUGCGGCUAAAGGCAGUGUGGCCGUCAUUAAAGAACUGCUCACGUUUACUCAAAGAGGACUACUCACCCUCAACAACAAGGCUAACGGCUUGAGUCCGCUGCAUUUAGCUGCUGCUGGCGGUCAUAUGGAGGUGGUGAAAGUUCUUCUGGAGGCCGGAGCUUCAGUGACAUUGGAGGACGUAGAGGGGAUGACUGCCGUACACCUGGCUGCCAAGAAUGGACACACACAUAUUCUGGAGGUGCUCAAAGCCAGCGUUUCACUCAAGAUUCAUAGCUCAAAGACAGGGUUAUCAGCUCUGCAUGUGGCAGCGUGUUUUGGUCAGGUGGAUUUUGUGAGAGAAAUCCUGACUGAAGUUCCCGCUACGAUCCGCAGUGAAUUUCCCGCUAACCGCAGCAGUAGUGGAGGCAAAAACGACGUGAUAUGUCAACAGCCGUUAAUUGAGUCAGGUUAUACUCCUCUACACCUGGCGGCUCAGUCGGGUCAUGAGAAUGUGGUUCGGUUGUUGUUGAAUUCUCCUGGAGUUCAGGCUGAUGCGGAAACAGUCAUACAGGGAUCCACCCCUCUCCACCUGGCGGCUCAGGGCGGACACACAGCUGUGGUUGGUCUGUUGCUCAACAGGUCUGGAUCUAUGUUGCAUCUGAUGGACAGACGCGGCUGUACCUGUCUUCACCUGGCCGCCGCACACGGGCACGUGUCCAUGCUGAGAGUUCUGCUGGGACAGGGAGCCGAAAUCAACCAUACAGAUAAGAGUGGCUGGACUCCGCUGCACUAUGCUGCUAAAGCGGGCUGUCUGGAUGCCGUGUCAUUCCUGGUGGAGAGAGGCGCGUCGGCAUGUGUGGAGUGUCAUGCUAGAAAGACUCCAUUGCAGUACGCUGCUCAGGAGAACCACGAGUCCACUGUCAUAUUCCUGCUCAGACAAGAGAAGAACACGCUAUGUCUACUGGAUGACAAGAAGUUUGUUUUCAAUCUGAUGGUGUGCGGGCGAAUGAAUGAUAAUCUUGCUCUGGAAGAGUUUGUACUGCACUCUGCCGCUCCGCUGGAUACAGCUGUCCGUCUUUCACGAGCUCUGACUCUGGCCGCACUGAGAGAGAAGGAGCGUUCAGUUGACCUGCACGCCGCUGCUCAUCAUUGUGAGGUCAUGGCCUCUGACCUCUUAGCCCUAGCUGCCUUAGCCGGGGAUCUAGGUGCGGGUCCAGUCCUCCGAGCUGUAGACCAUCGAGGUGCCAGUGUGCUGGAUUGCCUGAUCGAGGGGAGACAGAAAGGUGUGAUGUCUCACCCAGCGGUGCAGAAGUACCUGACAGAUGUGUGGUACGGAAGCCUGCAGUGGGACUCGUUGAAGAUCCUUCUGUUGUUCUUCUGCUUGCUUCUCUGUCCUCCUCUGUGGCUUGCCCUCUCACUGCCACUCAGACACAGCUUUAACACCAUCCCCAUUGUGAAGUUAUUGAGUCAUCUGGUGUCACACAUCCUCCUGUUGGCCCUCUUCAUCCUGACAAUCGUUUACCCGCCCAUAAGCCCGCUCUCCGAAGGCCGUCUCGUGCCCAGUUGGUCUGAAUGUCUGUUGCUGAUCUGGCUGUGUGGAAUACUGGUAUCUGAACUGACCUUCCCAGGUAAGCGCACUGGUUUAGCAUGGAUUCGACUCCUCCUCCUGGGCUUUUCCACUGCUGCGCUGCUCUGCCACAUCAUGGCUGUCUUCUCCCAGUGGUGGCCACCGACUCAUCUUCACUGCCUGUUCGCCAGGAACGUCCUCCUCGCUGUCGCAAUGACAUUGGGCUUUAUACAGCUUCUGGAAUUCUUGACGUUCCAUCACUUGUUCGGCCCGUGGGUCAUCAUCAUCCGAGACUUGAUAAAAGAUCUGUGCCGUUUCACCGUCAUCCUUAUGCUAUUCCAUACGGCUUUCACAUUGAGUCUCACGGCCUUAUGCCAACCUCUGUAUCCACUAGAAAUCCUUCAGCAUUCAAAUAGUACAGUCAAUGCUACAGAAGUCCCUGUGCCUGGCCAUUUAAAUAUGUCUGUCCUGCUGUUCUUUGCCUUGUUUGGUAUGACCGAGCCGGAUAAAAUUCCCAAAGUGGAACGGUCGCCUCCCGCGACAGCUAUUUUGGCUAAAAUGGUGUUUGGUGUUUAUCUGGUGGUGACGUUCAUUGUGUUGAUCAAUCUGCUCAUUGCCAUGAUGAGCAACACAUACCAGUGCAUCCAGGCCCAGUCCGACAUGGAGUGGAAGUUCGGCCGUGCCGUUCUGAUUCGGGAUAUGAGCCGGAGGUCUGGAGUACCGUCUCCAUUCAAUCUUUUCACCAACCUGUUUUACUACAUCAAGGUUUUGUGCAAAUGUGGAGGUAAGAUGUGCUCUGGUGUUGGGGAUGGUCUGAUGAAAGAAGAUGAAGAUGCUGACGGUCUGUCUGAUUUUCGCUCGCUUGAUCAACUGCCUCAAACAUCUGUCAGCUGGGUCAGAGGAAACAAGAAAACGCAGAUUAUCCCUGAAGAUGGUCAGAUCACGAUGUCCAGGACUGGCGGAGAGUUGCGUGUGGAGAAUGUUGUUGAUUGGCCGUCGGUGGUCCACCAGUUUUUAUCUCAACAUCGACCGAGAGACAGAACACCAUCUGAGACGAAUGACCAACCUCUUCAUCAUGACAGAUGAGUUUGCACUGCCCAUGAGCAUCACUCUCACACCUCAGCACUUCCUGUCUAAUACAGUAGCGUUAGCUUUAGUUUGUGUGCAAACCUUCAUCUGUUUCUCAUAUUCACUGCUCACUAGUCACUUUAAUGAAAUAUGUCGUUUUCAAGCUUAUAAUUAGAGUGUUUAUGUUGCGAUCAUUGUGUCAUUCUAUUGCACUUAAAUGUUAAAUGAGUUCAAUGAAAUGCAGCAUUAUGCAACGAGAAAAAACAGUAUGUUUUACAGUAUUACUAUUUUUGUUUUUUUAAGACUAGUGCCACAGAAAUAUCAGUGUUAAUGAUAUGGAUGAAUGUCUUUCAUUUUUCUUUGUCCUUUUUUUAUGUUUUGCACUAAAUUUUAUUUCUACGGAACCUAUAUGUUAAUGACACACAUGCUGCAUACAGUUUUACAAUAAUUUACUGUAUAUGUAGCACAUGCUAAAUGAAAUUAUACAUUUAUAAAAAAUUUUCAGGUGUUAGUUCACUUAUUGAACUUAUUUUUUAAUGCUGCGUUCACAUGAUAUCGUGUCAAAAUUACUGUAGUUACAAGAUGACAACUCUUUCUACUCUUAAUGCCAUAAUGUGUGGCUUUGUUAUUGAUGACAGUAAAACACUUAAUCAUGACAUUAAUUUGUCUCUAUAUACUCUCUAUAUACUAUAUAUAUAUAAUGAUUCAAGAACAAAGAACGGACACCCGAUUAUUGGUUAGAAUAAAAUGGUAUAUCAAACAUGUAGAGGUUGUUGCUACCUAAUUACAUGGAACUUGUUGAUCCAAUUUUGGUUGUUUUUAUUUGACAUCACAUCAUUCAAGGGGGUGAAGUAGAAGCUUUAACAAAAGUUACGAGUUUCAAACUAGUAUUUACGGGUUCCAUUAAAAGAGUUCCAUUAAAUGGAAACGUUUCUUAGAAGUCUGAAAUUUGUAAUUGCGGUAAUCUGUCAAUAAUGUGAACGCAGCAGGAGUCUAUUUUUUUUUCAGUAGUAAGUCAUACUACUAUGAUGUCAACAACCUCACAAAUAUUCAUAAAUUUGUUUAUUUGUUUCUGCACUUGGACUG